AUGGCUACCGACAAAAAUCAUCAAGACCGGGCAAAUAAUCAUCUAGAUGUCGAACACGAUGCCGUCUUCCUCCAGAAAGUCAACGGCGGUACCGGACCAGCGACGAGCCCCUCGCAGCCUACAGACGUCCCAGAGCGAGGCUUCCGGCGAACUGUCCACAACUUCACUCCGUCAUGGUUCAUCAUAACCAUGAGCACGGGCAUCUGCGCGAUCCUGCUCAAGCAGAUGCCACCACCUUACGAUGCAGACUGGCUACGAAUACUGGCAGACGUCUUCUUUGUCUUCAACAUCUCCUUGUUUCUGCUCUUCUCCGUGAUCACAGUCAUCAGAUACAUCUGGUACCCACAUAUCUGGCACCGCGUGGUUCGACAUCCUCAUCAGAGUCUAUUCCUUGCUUGCUUCCCUGUCGGACUCGCAACAAUCAUCAACAUGAUCGCCCUGGUCUGCGCACCAGCCUGGGGCCAAGGAUGGGCGGUCUUCGCAUGGGUAUUGUGGUGGAUUGUCCUGGUGCUGGCUCUCGGAACGUGCUUCCACCUAACCUUCACCAUAAUGACGCACCGAAGACACGAUCUCGGCGAAAUGAGCGCCCUCUAUCUAAUACCCAUCGUCGCCGUCGUUAUCGUAGCCACCUCGGGCUCUCUAGUCGCGACAGCGAUCCCAGGCCGUGAGAACAAACUCUGGACGCUCUACAUAAGCUACAUCCUCUGGGGUCUGGGCUCGCCACUGUCUUGGAUCAUCCUGACGCUCUAUUUCCUCCGACUGGCAACCUACACGCCGCUGAAGAGGGAGGUCAUCGUGUCUCUUCUGCUUCCAAUCGGUCCUCUGGGCCUGGAAGGGUUCAGCCUCAUCACACUCAGCAAAGUGGCCCAGGAACUCUUCCUUGAAGUCCACGCCUUUCCGCACUCUUCGCCCGAAGCUGGAAGCAUCAUCACAUCAGUCAGUAUCUUGCUAGGCCUUCUGUUCUGGGGUUUUGCUUUGGUAUGGUUCGUCAUUGCAGUCAUGAUGCUUGCGGUCUCAGGAGGGUUUCCAUUCAACAUGGGUUGGUGGGGAUUCAUUUUCCCUGUUGGCGUCUUCACCCUUCUAACCGGCGCCCUCGGCACGUCCCUUGAGUCCAAGUUCAUGAAGAUACUCACCUGUAUUCUCACCGCGAUCUGCAUCGUCAUGUGGCUAGUCGUGGCUGCUGGAACGAUCUACCGCUCCUUCACGAUGGAGAUGUUCUACUCGCCUUGCCUAGGUACGAACUUGUACGCAAAAGGAAGAGCAGGCGCCGCUGAACGACAAGCGGAGGGCAAGAGCACUGGCGCGGCGAAGAAUGGAGCGGACGAGGAGGCGAUCAAUCCUAGUGAGACAACUAUGGUGGCGCAGGACUCUGAGGAGGCAAAGUUGAGGUAG